AGUUUAAAAGGUCUCUCAAAGACGAUAUACUAACAGUAGUUCACAGCGUGAACACAGCGUGAAGACCGCAUAAUCUGUGAAGAAAAGAAGACACGCACCGCAUACCAGGGCAAUAUUAUUUUGAACCUGCUUAUCUGACUGUUCAGUCAGACAAGGGCUGCCAGGUGAUUCAACAAACACUUUAACCCAUCGGAGAACUCAACACAUAGAUUACAAAGAUGCCUGUGGAAACACCAUCAGUCAGAAACACGUCUACAGUUGGUCGCUUCCCAUCAGUCACACUGGGAUGGGAGAAAGAUGAGGAGCCAGAGAAGAACACAGAAGAAGGGGGGUGUCGACAAUGGUUACGUAAGAUCUGUCCUUGUUGCUGUCAAAGACCGAGCAAAGAUGAUGACAUCGCAGAUAAGGUUGUCACAGGGAUCGAUGAUGCAGACAAGCUUGCGGGGAAUGGUGACAAGCCAGUCACUAAUGGAAGUAACCUUGAAGAGCUGUUGUUGAUUGUGCGGUCCAUAGACCUGAUGAAAAAAAAUAAAGGUCAGAACCGCAUGGAGCAUCACACAGACCGUUACUACGGUGAUGGCCUCAUCAUCCGCAGGGGUCAGAUCUUCAUGAUGUGGCUUGACCUCUCACGACCUUACAAUUCCAACACGGACAGACUCCACCUGGAGCUUAGGACAGGACCCUUGCCUACAGUGGCAAAGGGCACCCAUGUCAUCAUCCCAUUGGUUGAGGAGCUGGAGGAUGACCGUUGGGAGGCCAAGAUUGUGCAACGGGACGGCAAGAGGCUCAAGCUGUCCAUCAACUCCCCGCCCACAGCCGUGAUUGGCCGAUACCAGCUCACCGUGGCAACGCAAAGCCCAAAGGGGGAGGCCACAUCUACACAUGACCCUGGGAAUGACAUCUGCAUGCUGUUUAACCCCUGGUGUAAAGAUGACACAGUGUACAUGGACGAUGGCGAUGAGAAGAACGAGUAUAUCCUGAAUGAUGUUGGAAGGCUCUACUACGGCACAGAGAACCAGAUUGGUUCAAGAACGUGGAACUAUGGACAGUUUGACAAGGGGAUCCUGGAUGCCUGUCUUUAUGCUUUGGAGAAGAGUGCGACCCCCCCCUCAGGCUGGGGAGACUCUGUCAACGUGGUACGAGUCAUUUCAGCCAUGAUCAACUCCCCAGAUGACUGUGGGAUCCUGGAGGGGAACUGGUCAGGGAACUAUGUGGGCGGGACUUCCCCUACAUCCUGGAGUGGCAGUGUGGACAUCCUGAAUAAGUACCAUAAGGACGGAGGCGCACCGGUCAGAUAUGGCCAGUGCUGGGUCUUCUCUGGGGUCACCACCACAGUGUUGAGGUGUUUGGGCAUUCCCUCCCGUAGUGUGUCCAACUUCAACUCCGCCCAUGACACAGAUGUCUCCUUGACAACAGACGUGUAUUUAGAUGAGAAGUUAGAGUCUAUAGAUCACCUCAACUCUGACUCCAUCUGGAACUUCCAUGUGUGGAACGACUGUUGGAUGGCUCGUCCAGACUUGCCACCUGGCUAUGGCGGCUGGCAGGUAGUAGACUCCACCCCCCAGGAGACCAGUCAGGGCACAUAUCGAUGUGGCCCCGCCUCCGUCAAUGCCAUCCGUAACGGACAAGUAUUCCUGAAACAUGACUCACCAUUCGUCUUUGCUGAGGUGAACAGUGAUAAGAUCUACUGGCAGAGGAACCUGGAUGGCACCUUCACCCAGAUCCACAGUGAGAAAAACGCAGUGGGCCACUGUAUCAGCACCAAGGCUGUGGGCUCCGAUGAACGCAAUGACAUCACAGACCUUUACAAGCACCCAGAAGGCACAGAGGAGGAGCGCAUCGCUGUGGAGACUGCAAGUCGCUAUGGCUCCAAACCAAAUGCCUACUCCUCUCCCAUCGCUCAGGAUGUAUCCAUAGAGGUGACCAUGGAUGGGGAGGGGCCACGCAUGGGGGGAGAUGCAGAACUGACCAUUGUAAUGCGCAACGCUAGUUCUCUACCACGCACCAUCAACCUCCACAGCCAGGUGGCAGUCAUGUACUACACUGGUGUGGUCAAGGCUACUGUCAAGAAGGACCAAAUUCCUGUGGAGCUGCUACCCAAUGAAGUGAAGAACCUGGAGUGGAUCCUUCAGUACCAGAACUACCAGGACCAGCUUGUGGACCAGGCUGCUCUGAUGCUGACCCUGUCGGGCAGGGUCAAUGAGACACAGCAGGUUCUGGCAACUCAGUUCAGCUUCCGCCUCCGCACCCCUGACCUCAUCAUUAAGCCAGUAGGGGAGGCUGUGGUGGGGAAAAAGAUGGCGGCUGAGAUCUCCUUCACCAACCCUCUGCCAUGCACGCUGAAGGGAGUGGUGUUCCGUGUAGAGGGGCUGGGCCUGCAGAGUGUUCGACAGAUCACUGUUGGUGACGUGGCCAGUCGCUCCACUGUGGUUCAGACGGAGGUCUUUGUCCCCACCCUGCCUGGACCCAGGAAACUGUUGGCUUCACUGGACUGUAAACAGCUCACACAGGUCCAUGGUGUUGCUGACAUCAACGUGAAGGAGAAAUAAGUCUUCAGACACCAUAGACCUCUCUUGGUCUGCUUGGCUAUUGAGGCAUAAUCACUAUGGAGGUCAGAAGAAAUCAUUUCCCUUCCUCUUCCCUCUACCAGAGCACUGGUGUUGCUGUUGAGUCAAUUAUGAUGUUCGAAAGUACAGGUUGUGAGACAGGAAAACCAUACACCAUGCAAGACAAGCAUUUUCAAUAGUCAUGUCACAUAUUUUUCCAUUCCUCCCUUUCAAAAUAUCAGAUUGGACCUAUAUAAUGUGCCUUGAAAAGUGGCUAAACGAAUGAUUGCAGCCCUUACAAUAAUACUUUAUACAGAAUGUGUGGCAUGUUCUGUUGACAGAACAUUAUACAUUAUCUUUGACACCAUCAGAUUUUUCUCAGCUAUUAUUUAUCACAAUAGAAGGGCUUUGUGUUUACUUACACUGUGCAAUUAUCUGAUAAUUUGGUGUUAUUAUUAACUUCUAAACGUUGUUAUGGAUUUUAACAGAUCAGUUCUUUCAAACACAUAUCCAUGCUUAUGCGGCAGGGCGGCAGGGAACCUAGUGGGUAGAGCGUUGGGCCAGUAACCGUAAGGUUGCAAGAUUGAAUCCCCGAGCUGAAAAGGUACAAAUCUGUUGUUCUGCCCCUGAACAAGGCAGUUAACCCACUGUUCCUAGGCCGUCAUUGAAAAUAAGAAUUUGUUCUGAACUGACUUGCCUAGUUAAAUAAAGGUAAAAUAAAAAAAUUAAAAAAUGCAUUACAUAUAGUGUGAAUGUCUAAAAGUCUUUCCACUUGAACUGGAUGAACAAAUCAGUAUUAGGAAGUCAAGUUAAAUCUGCUCCAUCCCAUGCUUUUUGGAUCCAGGUUUUGUAUUAACAUCAGAUGUGCUGUUAUUUUGCACUUAUCAAAUAUCAACUCCAUAGUAAGUACACAAUUAGCUCUGAACUAAAUGAAGCACCCAAGGUAGAGGUUUAUGACAGAAACGCUGAAAUGGCAGCUACACACGUUUAUUUUUUCACAAACAGCAUAUAAUCUGUAACUGUUUUAAUAGUGUAUUGUAUUUGUGUGCUAUUUACAUUUGUAUACUAUGUGAGUAAAUUAAUUCCACUUAAA